AUGUUCGACCCCAGGCGCGGCUGGAGCCUGUCUUUCUCGGGCUGCGGCUUCCUGGGCUUCUACCACGUCGGGGUGACCUGCUGCCUGAGCGAGCGCGCCCCGCACGUCCUCCGCGACGCGCGCAUGUUUUUCGGCGCCUCGUCCGGCGCGCUGCACGGCGUCGCCUUCCUCUGUGGGCUCCAGCUAGACACGAUCAUACAUGUACUCGCGGACCUCAUCUACAGCGCCAGGAGCCACAGCAUCGGCACCCUCCACCCCUCCUUCCGAGUGGUUGAGUUCCUCCGAGAACAUCUCCACAGACAGCUGCCAGCCGAUGCCCACAGGCUCAUCUCCGGCAGAAUAUGCAUCUCGCUCACCAGAGUGUCCGACGGAAAAAACGUGCUGGUGUCUGAUUUUCAGUCUAAGGACGAAGUUGUAGACGCCUUGGUUUGUUCCUGCUUCAUCCCUUUCUACUGUGGCCUCAUCCCGCCUUCCUUCAGGGGCGUGCGGUACGUAGACGGAGGAUUGAGUGACAACAUCCCCUUCUUUGAUGCCAAAACGACCAUCACUGUGUCCCCCUUCUCUGGGGAGUAUGACAUCUGCCCUAAGGCUAAGUCCAUGAACUUUCUUUACAUGAACUUAACCCAGUUCAGUGUGCAUUUCUGCUCAGAGAAUGUCUACCUUCUGGUACGAGCAUUAUUUCCUCCAGAUCUCAAGGUGCUUGGAGACCUUUGCCAUCAGGGGUAUUUAGACACCAUCAGGUUCUUGGAAGAGAAUGGUGUCUGCAGUGCGCCUCUGCCGGGACUGAAUCUACCUCCGGGGGAGUCCGAGUCCGAGAGCCUGGAGUCCCCCCCGAGGGUGGCUGCGCGGGGGACGAAGACGGAGGGAGACGCGCCGCUGGACCACGUGCAUCUCAGCCUCCUGCCCUGGGACAAGAGCGUCCUGACGACCCUGUCGCCCAAGCUCACCAAAGUUCUAAGCAAAGAAAUUAAAAGGCAACAGAGAUUCACGGACAAGAUCUGCAACUGUUUGCCAGUCAAGGUCUUGUCCUUCGUGAUGCUGCCUUGCACGCUGCCCGUGGAGUCCGCCAUUGCGCUGGUCCGCAGACUGGUGAGGUGGCUCCCAGAUGUUCCGGAGGACAUCCUGUGGCUGCAGUGGGCCACCGUGCAGAUGUGUUCCCGCGUGAUGACAUGUCUCUUCCCCACGUCCAGACCCCAGAUACCGGCAAGCAGCCAGCAGCCUUCCCCGAGGGACUCAAGGGCGUGUCCAGCCUCCUGGCUCCCCGGUGGGGACCUGCACACCCGUGGACAGCCCCAGAGGGGCCAGGCCGAGGCUGCCCAGCAGAGCCAUCCUCCUGUCCGGCCUGGGGUUUUGUGAGACUCCUCCUUCCCUACUCUCCUAGUGCAGACGAGUUUCUGAGUCGCUUGAGGAGACACGUUUAGGACGUUCUUUCAUAGCUGCUAGGCCUUUCUGCUCUUUGCAGUUGCUUCGUACUGACAUCCAAGGCUCCGGUGUCCGUGACACACCGGGUCCUACCUCUGUGCUGGAUGUAUAGAUUAUGGAAACCAAAGGCAACGUACUGUUUUUAUGAAAAGCUAGGCCAAGCUACUUUUGGGUGCCUGGAGCUUGAGGAAGUCUAAUAUGUGCGUUCCUGGGUCCGUCAGCUCAGCCGGCUGGGAAAUGGCAGCAGGGAGCCGGGUGUGGAGGGACCGUUGCCAAAUCUGGUGUGAAGCCCGCCCAGGUCAGGGCUCCUCGAACAGCCGGCGCGGUGCCAGCUGGUGGGAGGCUCGUGGCUGGGGGCUGGCCUGCCCCUUGUGCGGCGUUGGGGGCUGCAAGGAAGAGAAACGGGGUCGCAUCUCCCCGUACGGGAAGUGGGCAGUGCGGCAGGUGCGGGGCAGCCUUCUCCAAGGAGGGCGCUGCCGGUCAUGGCCAUUAAAAGGUGGUAACUGCUGUAUAUUUUGGAAUACUUUUUUUGCCCUAGCCUAAAUACGGGAUGGAGUUUUAUAUACAGUAGAAAGGGAUCUUACUACCUGUCACACUAUAGGUUAUGUGACUCAGUGAGGUGUUAAUAAGCCUUAGGAAAAAUCCAGUGCACAGACGGGCGUCCUGGACCCCCAGGCCCAGGGCCUGGGGUCUGUGCUCCUCUUUCCUCAAUGGCCCCUGCCCGCUCUCUACUCCCAAAGCCUUAAUGGAGACGGAGAGACGGGGCCCUACCUUCUCCGCAGGUCUGAUUGCUGGCAAGCACAGAGUCGUAUGACUCAAGGUGAAAUGUGCCGUCUUUAUGCAUUCACACAAAAAAGACACUGAUGAUCUCGGAAUCCUCCGCACUGGCUCAGAAAGCUGCAGCUGUCACCUACGCGGUAUUAAGUAUGUUGGAAUUGAAGAACCAGCAAGUUCAGAGAGCACUUCCUUGCAAACAUGCCCCUUGAAAAGAGUGUGGUCCUGGGAACAAUCUCUGUGUGAGCCCGUUUCCUGGAGCUGUGAUGAGAUUUGGGAACUCCCAGAGGCAGGCCCCUUGUGAGCGUACAAGGCCACCGUCCAGGGCACGGAAGCCCUCUCUGCGGCCCGCCGCUGGGUCCUUGUGUCUCCAGGACAUGGGCACCCAGACCCCUGUUCUGACAGCGCCUGCCCCCUGAGUGAGGCAAGGGCUGGCGAGGGUAGGCUCUCCCAGCCUCUUGAGCCCCGGAACAGGCACCGUCCCCCUUGCUGAGCUGGCCUGGGGGUCGGAGAGGCCAGGCCCGACAGCCACCUGGACCAUUUGGAGCAUACCCUCACGCCUUGUCCUGAGCCCGAGUCUCAAGUUUCCUGAUCACAGCAGCAUAGCCCGUUAGCAGACACGGUACCUUUAGCGGUAUUUUACAAGAACUAUUUUUCUACAGAACAUAUCUACAGUGGCUGUCGUUCUUAUAAGAAAUGCAACUUAUUUUCUUACUACUUUUUGAAAUGGCUCAACCUCCUUCAAAUGAGCCCGUGCUUUGUAAAUUUUAGAAAACGUAUGUUAAAACAGAGAAAGAUAAUAUCCUCAUAGGAAUGGCCGAGGCUCCACUAGCCACCUGUGCCUUAAAUGCCACCCCCCACGGGCCCUCACCUCCCCAGCAACACUGCCGGUUCUUAUCAGCACGGAAGAACGGUCUGAAGCCCCUACUAUCUUAGUAGACGCAACCCCCCCCCCCCACAUGGUGCCUUAUGCUCGGAAUCACCACUGUGUGGCCUCCUGAAUGCCAGGGAGCCACGGUCUUUAUUUGGUGAACAGAUAAUGAAACUUGGUGCAAGAGCAUGAGCCUAGGCUUGGUUUAAAAAAGAAAAAAAGGUGCGUAUGUGUGUCUCUGGGGAAAAGACUCAAAACACAUUCGCCAGAAGCACUGACACUGGUGUCAUUCUGCGCAGUCCGUAACUGCAGUUUAUGAGUCAUGCUGGUGUUUUCAGAUUUCUAUGGUAAAUAUUUACUACUUUCAUUGGAAAACAACUUCUAAUAAAUGUGACUUUGAAAACGCU